AUAAUGUGAAGAAUGUGACAAUGCUUUUAAUCAGUUCUCAAACUUUACUAGACAUAAGGAAAUUCAUACCGGAGAAAAACUCUACAAAUGUGAAGAAAGUGGGAACACUUUUAGCCAGUCCUCAACUCUUACUAAACAAGAUAAUUCAAUGCGAGAGAAACCCUACAAAUGUGAAAUGAAUAAUGUUAUAACCAUUUUUCAAUUCUUAAUAAACAAUUUAUACUGUAGAGAAACCCUGCAAAUGUGAAAAAUGUUGCAAAGCUUUUAACUGGUCCUCAAACCUUACUGAACAUAAGAUAAUUCAUAAUGGAAACUAGCCCUACAAAUGUGAAGAAUGUGGCAAAACCUGUAACCAUUUCUCACACUUUUCCACACAUAAUUCAUACUGAAGAAAAGCCCUACAAAUGUGAAGAAUGUAACAAAGUCUUUAAGUGAUCUUCAACUCUUACUAAGCAUAAGAUAAUUCAUACAGAAGAUACAUUUUAUAAAUAUGAAGAAUGUGACAAAAGCUUUAAAAACAUUUCAACCUUUAUUACACAUGAGAUAAUUUAUGCUGCAGAGAAAUUCUACAAAUGUGAAGAACGUGGCAAAAAAGUUGGUGGGUUUUUGGUUUUUUUGAGACAGAGUCUCGCUCUGUCACGCAGGCUGGAGUGCAGUGGCAUGAUCUCAGCUCACUGCAACCUCCGCCUCCUGGGUUCAAGCAAUUCUCCUGCCUCAGCCUCCCAAGUAGCUGGGACUACAGGCACACACCACUAUGCCCGGCUAACUUUUGUAUUUUUAGCGAAGACAGGGUUUCACCGUAUUGGCCAGGCUGGUCUCGAA